UAUACAGCAUAAAGUUUCUCACGUCAAAGUCACUUGGCUAAAAAGCAACUUGGUCACGAUGAAGCCCCUUCUGGUACUCUGUCUUUUGAUUUCCAUUGCAGCACCAAAAAAGUUACCCGUCGCUUUUCAAAAAAUGUGGGGCGAGCUUGCGGGCGGUUUUCAAGCGGGGUGCGCUGCAGAGAACAACCUCGACAUGGAGGCCGCAAGUGGCAUAAUAACAAGAUUUGAGGCGCCCGACAUUGCGCCGGUGCAUUGUUAUGUGAAAUGCAUGGUUGAGAAAAUGAAAUUUAUGACUCCCGAUGGAAAAAUGGAUAAGGCGAUGGUGGUGGAUACGGUUCAUCUCUUCACGAACGAACUUGUUGACAGUUGCGUCAUCCAAGAAGAGAAUAGCUGCAGAAAGGCGUACUUGGUGUCGCUUUGUGUGCUAAACGGGAUCGCUGAAGACUAGUCGUUUAGCCAAGGUAGUCGUGGUUAAAGCUUUUACUUUCUUCUGGAACCCUCUGUAUAUACUCUUAAAUAAAUAAGGCAAGUGUAACAGCAAACAAGAAAUUUACAGUGAU